AUGUCCUCCGCUUCAACAUCUCCUCCGUCCACUCCGAGACUCGAAUUACCCUCAACACCCGGCUCGCCGCUGACACCGACCCGGAGAAGACAUGCGCCUGCGGAGCCCGACCCUUCUGGGCCGACGGGACAAGAUGUGCUGUUGUUUCUCGUAGCGUCGCGCGUGUUGAAUGCGUUGAUCAUACAGACGUUUUUUCAGCCGGAUGAGUAUUUCCAGGCGCUAGAGCCGGCGUGGGCGCUUGCGUUUGGUAAUGAGGGUGAUGAGUCUGGUGGAGCGUGGAUAACCUGGGAGUGGAGAGAACAACUGCGGUCUGCGCUGCAUCCUAGUUUGUUCGCAGUGUGCUAUGUGGUCGCGGAUCGGCUGGCGGGUAUGCUCUCGUUGAGCGGGCCGUACAGGUCACAGUUAUUGCUCGCCGCGCCGAAGCUGCUGCAGGCCGUCAUUGCGGCGUUGGGAGACUACUAUACUUGGCGGCUGGCGGAGUCGACUUAUGGGAUACGGUCGCUGGCGCCGGCGGCGGCGCUGGUUUUGACGGUCGCGAACCCGUGGCAGUGGUUCUGCUCGACGAGGACGUUCUCGAACUCGUUAGAGACGACGUUGACGAUUGUGGCGCUGUAUAAUUGGCCGUGGCAUUGGUCGACGGGUCCGGGGUCGAGGGAUGUGGAGGGGGUCGAUCAGCAGGGGUUGAGGGUGAGAAAGAUGGUUAGUGCGAGCUAUGGGGUGGUUGAUGAGACGACGAGGUUGAGGAGGGCGUUGCUGGCUGCGGCUUUUGCGGUGGUGUUGAGGCCGACCAAUGUGCUGGUUUGGGCAACGCUUGUGGUGCUGAUGGGGUUGAGGAGUCUUCGGCAAGAAGGUCAGGGCACGAACAAGAAGACGGACGAGCCUCAGAAGCCUCUUCGCUGCGGUCCGACACAGCGCGAACUUCUGGUCAGCUUUCGGGAAGUGCUGCUGUGCGGCAGUGCCGUGCUGUGUCUGUCCGCAGUGGUUGACCGUCUCUUCUACCAGACGUGGACAUUCCCUGCGUGGCAUUUCCUUCAGGUCAACCUCUUUCAGUCCAUUGCUGGCUUCUAUGGAAACAACAACUGGCACUAUUACCUCUCACAGGGCUAUCCAUUGCUACUGACGACAGCCCUACCCUUCGCUCUCCUCGGCAUGUACCAGUCGUGCUUUGGUGACCGAUACCGCAACCUGUCCUCAACUGCUCGCUUCACGCUCCGAUCCCUCACUAUAACGAGCUUGGUCUUGGCCGGAGUUCUCUCGCUCAUAUCUCACAAAGAAGUUCGCUUCAUCUACCCGCUGCUCCCAGGACUACACAUCCUCGCCGCACACCCAACAGCAGCAUUCUUCGCUUCUGCAUUCGAUUCAUUACGACCGUACUCUCAGCGCUCUCAGCUCACCAAACGCCUCCUCUUAGCUUUUCUCCUCCUCACAAACCUGUCCAUCUCCCUCUACACAGCCAGCAUCCACAACUCGGGUUUGAUCAACAUUACUCACCACCUUCGGUCCGAUUUCGAGACUUACCACCUACCGCAUCCCGUCGCGCAUAACAUGACUGUCGGGUUCCUCAUGCCCUGCCACUCCACGCCUUGGCGCUCGCAUCUUCAGUAUCCGCCCACAAACUCGUCGCCCGGCAUCGACGCCUGGGCUCUGACCUGCGAACCUCCUCUAGGCUUGUCGUCCGCGAUCGAGAAAAGGGACUACGUCGACGAAGCAGACCGGUUCUACCUUGAUCCAGCGACCUGGCUUCAGCAACGUAUGUCUCGCUCGCCGCCGGCAACCCGUUUCCUGCCUGCCCAACGAAAUGAGGCGGGCGUCAUCGUCGGCCCUGCGAAGCCUAAUAAAGUCAUCAAUAUCAAAAAUCGCAGUGACCUAGAGACCGGAUGGCGAACCAAGCCAGGCAGUCGGCGGCCAUGGCCCGAGUAUCUGAUCUUCUUCUCCCAACUCGAGCCGCAAAUGAAGCAGCUUGUGGGCCGUGCGAGUGGCUACACCGAGUGUAAGCGUGUGUGGAAUAGCCAUUGGCAUGAAGAUUGGCGGCGGAGAGGUGAGAUUGUGGUUUGGUGUCUGUUUCCUGAGAGGCGGGAUAUGAUGAUGGGUGGGAGUGUGGUCAAUAAAAAGGUUUUAGAAGACAGAAUCCGGGAUCCCAGGCCCAUAGUGAAUGGUGGCGCGGAAAAGGUGCUGAGGGUGGCGGGCGAGGAUCGGUCGUCCUGGAAGCAGCGACCUCUUACGGGCACGGUCAAGCAGUCGCGGACUGCUGGGGCUGGUCAGUGGUGGGAGUGGGCGAAGAGCCAAGUAGGGCUUGGCGAGAGGAGGAGAGCCUGGUAUGAGGGUUGGCUUGGUAGGAGAGGUCGUGGUGGUGGGCAUUGGGAUUGA